GAAGGCUCUCAAGUCAACGUAAAAAACAGGAAGUGGUUUCCGCACAUCCUUCUGUUAAAGUGACCUCCUAUUUAAAACAUGCAGACGGAGAAAGUAGAAGAAGAGGAAGAUGCUCCUGAAGAGUAUGCUGCCCUGUGUGAUUUCACUGCAAGCGGCUCUGAGCAGUUGAGUUUCAUCACAGGAGACAAGCUGCUUGUGCACAACAAGUCUUCAGCAGAUUGGUGGUGGGCAGAACUGCAGGGGGAGAUCGGUUAUGUUCCUGCCAGCUAUCUGCGCCUGGAUGGUGCUGAGGAGGGGGACGACCCCUGGCAGGAUGACGAAUACUUCGGCAGCUAUGGGACACUGAGGCUUCACCUGGAGAUGCUGUCGGACCGGAGCCGCACCGAGACGUACCGGCAGGUUAUUGUCAGCAACAGCGCUUCACUUAGGGAUAAGGUGGUGAUGGACCUGGGCUGUGGGACUGGCAUUAUCAGCAUGUUCUGUGCUCAGCUGGCCAAACCUUCUAUGGUGUAUGCUGUAGAGGCAAGCUCCAUGGUGGAGCACACCAGACAGCUGGUGAAGCAGAACGGCUGUGAGGAGGUGGUCACUGUGCUCCAGGGCCGAGCAGAGGAGCUUGAGCUGCCAGAGCAGGUGGACGUCCUGGUGUCUGAGUGGAUGGGCAACUGUCUGCUGUUUGAGUUCAUGGUGGAGUCAGUCCUCUUGGCCAGGGAUCGCUGGCUCCGGGAUGGCGGUGUGAUGUGGCCCUCCUCAGCAGCUUUAGCUCUGGUUCCAUGUCAGGCCAACAGUUACUACAAAGAGAAAAUGGCCUUCUGGGAGCGACCUUAUGGCCUGGACUUUACGCCACUACAGCCUUUGGCACAGCAGGAGUUCUUCACCAAGCCAAAGUUCAGCCAUCUUAUUGACCCUGAGGAUUGCCUCUCUGCUUCCUGUGAUGUCAUCUGCCUUAACAUGUACACUGUACAAGUGAGAGAUCUUGAGGAAAUGAAGGGUGAGUUUCAGUUUUGUGUGGAGAAGCCUGGAAUUUUCCACGGAUUCACGGCCUGGUUCACUGUUCAGUUUGAAAGCCUGGAGAUGGGAGGAGCUACAGUGGAGCUCAACACCGGACCAAACUCAGAUCCAACCCAUUGGAAGCAGACUUUGUUCAUGCUGGACAGGCCGAUCCAGGUGUACGCAGGAGACUCCAUCCAUGGAAACAUUGUCCUGCGCAGAAACCCAGUGUGGAGACGCCACAUGACCGUUACGUUGCACUGGAACAUCAACAGUAACACGGACGACUGCCAGGCUGGAACAAAAAGUUUCCCCAUGUGGAGGUGACUGGUUUGAGGCGAAUCAACAGUAAACUAGCCAAAUAUGUCCACUCUCUGCCCAUGAGCUGCUGCUGACCAGUAAUCAGCAGUUACUGAAAAUGUG